AUGUCACGAAAACGAGCUAAAUAUUUAGUGGAUUUAGCCAAAAAGGAGAAAAAUUCAUUGAAGAGUUUUGAUAAAAAUUGUGAGAUACCACUUCAUACUGAGGAGAGAGAAAUGGCUAAAAGAGGGUGCAUAGAAUUUCAUGUUCAAGAUGAAGAAAUAUUGCAGUUACUUAUGGCAGAUAAUAGUGACGGAGAAGAUGACUUACAGUUAGACGAAGAAGAACAGCAGUUCAUAGCUCAAGAUGUAGAAAAUGGAAUCGAUGUGGUUGAAAUUAAAGAUUAUGUUCAAGAACCGAAAAAUUAA